AUGACGGACUUGGGUCUGACCCAGUCUGCUGGGACUGAAGUCCUAAGGGAGAAAGGAAGGUCUCCCCUUCCCAGUGAGCAGGAGCCUAAACCCCAUGGUUUCCCCAUGAAAAAGGUUCCUUCUCCACUUGGGGCCGGCGGUGUGAACCAGCUGGGAGGGGUCUUCGUGAACGGCUGCCCGCUGCCCACGUGCAAGAGGAAGAGGAUUGUGGAGCUGGCCGUGAGCGGUGUGCGGGCCUGCGACAUCUCCCGGAGUCUCCAGGUCUCCAACGGCUGCGUCAGCAAGAUCCUGGACCGCUACUACCGGACAGGGGCCGUGGAGCCGAAGGCAACGGGGGGCAGCAAGGCCCGGCUGGCCCCCCCUGCCGUGGUGGCGCGGAUCGCCCAGCUGAAGCAGGAGCAGCCGGGGCUUUUCGCGUGGGAGAUCCAGAGGCGGCUGCAGUCCGAGGGCGUCUGUGCCAGCCACCGGACGCCCAGCGUCUCUUCCAUCAACCGGGUGCUGAGGAGCCUGCCCCCCAGCCUGCCGCUGGCCCCCGGCUGUGCCUUCACCGUGCAUCCUUCCCCGCCGGGAGAUGCCCAAGCUGGGGUCUCAGCGGUGAUCCAACAUCCUCCAAGAAGCUCCGAAGCCCCCCGGAGCUCGCCGCCGGACGGCCAAGCCAGGAACAGGACGGUCUUCUCUGCCACGCAGUCACUGGCCCUGGAGGAAGCUUUCCAGAGGGGGCAGUACCCGGACGCCUGCACCCGGGAGAGCCUGGCCAUGGCUACCCAGCUCCCCGAUCCCACCAUCCGGGUCUGGUUUUCCAACCGAAGAGCCAAGUGGAGGCGGGAGGCGAAAGUGAGGCUGCAAGCUGCCCAGACAGGGCUGCACGGUGACUGGACCCUGCCCCCCUGGGCACCAGGCCAGGCCUUCGCUGCCCUCCACCCCUCCUCGGGGACUGGCACCGUCUCCACUCAGGGCCCGCCUGCCGCCCCGGUGCCCCUGCCUGGCCAGGGUGGCCUCAACCCCGCCAGCCUCCACGUCACGGCACCCCCGCUGCAUCUCCACACCUCUCCGCCGGGCUGCGUGCGGGGUCCCUGGACGGGAACCACUCCCAGCCUCCCACCAAGCAGCUGGGACUCAUCCAGCAGGCUCUGGAUGAGCCUGGCCAUGGAAGAAGCUGUCCACCAUGACCGAGGGCUCCCCGGGAAGCUGCCAGUGGACGACGGCUCCCAGGAGAUCGAAAUGGCCUCUACACGGGACAUUGCAGUGCAGGAGCACGUCAGCACUGUCGCACGCGGCGACUCUGUUGCUCGCCCGACCUGCUGA